AGCAGGUCGCGAAAUUUUUUCCUGUGUGUCGUCUCUCACAAAUCAAAUUCCAAUUAAAAAAGAAGCAAAAAAAAACUAAUUUAUAAUUCAUUAUAAAAGAAAAAACCAAUCAAUAUUAAAUUAAGUGUAUUUUAAUAAAAAUUUAUAAAUCUAUUUGAGUGUUUUUUCUGUGAAUGAAAUUACAAAAAAAAGAAAAGGAAAAAAAAUUCCAAUCCAGUGCCAGUGCCCGUGAAAACGAAGAAGAAAAUUUUUUGUGUAUGUGCACCAGAUCUAGGAGAGUUACAAGGAAGCUGACUGGGCUACUCUAAAACUCUGAAACUUGAAUUCAGACAACAAACUUGCAUCUAUAAAUUAAAAAAAAGUCUUUGUCGUCGUUGUUGUCUCUUAAAAUUAUAGUGGAAAUAGUAUUCUUUAUUAUUUUUUCCCUUUUCCGACCGACACAAAUGAGAAACACGAUAAAAAGAAUGUAAGUUCGAUAGACUCGCACCUGAAGCAUUCAACAACAACAACAAGUAAUAAAUCGUGAGUGACUAUGCCUUCACUUCCAAUCUACUCCAAUGAUGACGAGCAAAAUUUAUGUAAAUUUGCAUAAAUCGUAGUGUUAGCACAUUGACCUAUUUCCUGGCAAAUCGCGAUGCAGAAAUAAUGUUAACCUAACAUACAUACCAACUGUGAUUCAGAAAUAGUCAGAUUUUGCAACACUCAAAACUCGUAUCUACGUGCAUUGGAUAAUCACAUCAAAUAAGAACGAAAUUUCAACAAAAUAAAACAAAAAACCAGAUAUUCUCAAAACCAUUAAAUUCACAAUCUGAGAAAAAACAUCAACAAAUCAUUGUCAUUGUGGAGAAACUCAAUGACCAGCAUCGGCAAAACUAAAUUGGACAUUUUUAAUGAGAAGAAAAAUGUCGAAUGCAGAUACAAAUCUAACAAUAAUCAUCAAAUUUUGUGACUAAUCGUUUCUUUGGUUGUUUGGUAGUUUGUCUAGCCAAGAAACUGAAUUUAAAUAUUUUUUUUUUAUUUCGUUAGUUGUAUUUUUGCACAAUUAUUGUUUUAGUUCAACUUUAAGUUAACUUUUUUUUUGGUUUUCCAUUUAAAAACGCUUUUAUGUUCGUUUUGAUGUGAAUGUUUAUUGAUAACGUCGAAAAGUGGAAAGUCAAUAGUGGAAAGUCAAUACAAUUAAAUAUGACGAACCUUAAUGUGUCGAGAAUGUUACGUGGAAGACUACGAUCGAAUACCUGCCGGAUAGUAUUGCUCACAUCACUCGUUUGGGUGAUAAUAGAUUUGAUAUUAAUUACAAAUUACUCGGAUUGUAUAAGCAGCGACGGAUGGCGGUGUAAACGGCCUGGCGAAUAUGAUGUUGAGUUACCUGCCGAAAGUCAACGCCUUGUCGAUGAAGACUCAAUUGUAGAUGAAGCUGAAAUAGAUACAGCGAAAAACCUCGACGGAGGUGUAUCAGUGCCAAUUACAUAUCGUAACAUACUUCUUCGAAAAUGGCGAAUGGCGCCAACAGUUCAAGAACAGGUUGGACAACCUGGAGAGUUAGGAAAACCUGUAAAAAUUCCAGCCGAGAUGAAAGGCUUAAUGAAAGAGAAAUUUAAAGAGAACCAAUUCAACCUGCUGGCCAGUGAUAUGAUGUCAUUGAAUCGUUCCCUGACUGACGUGCGACAUGAAAACUGCAAAAAGAAAUUAUAUCCAUCAAAACUUCCAACCACUUCCAUUGUGAUCGUAUUUCACAAUGAGGCAUGGACCACACUUUUGCGUACUGUAUGGAGUGUCAUUAAUCGUUCACCUAGGUCACUGCUCAAAGAGGUUAUCUUAGUGGAUGAUGCUAGUGAGAGAGAUUACUUGGGCAAGAAACUAGAAGAUUAUGUGGCGACACUGCCAGUACGAACGUUUGUACUGCGUACCGAAAAGCGUUCUGGUUUAAUCAGAGCACGACUGUUGGGUGCAAAACAUGUAACGGGUGAAGUUAUUACAUUCUUAGAUGCACAUUGUGAAUGCACAGAAGGUUGGCUUGAACCACUUCUUGCGCGUAUUGUACAAAAUAGAAGAACCGUAGUUUGUCCAAUUAUUGAUGUGAUAUCAGAUGAAACUUUUGAAUAUGUCACAGCAUCCGAUCAGACGUGGGGUGGCUUUAAUUGGAAGCUUAAUUUUAGAUGGUAUCGAGUUCCUCAACGUGAAAUGGAGCGACGCAAUAAUGACAGAACAGCUCCACUUCGAACGCCCACCAUGGCUGGUGGUCUCUUCUCAAUAGACAAACAAUAUUUCUAUGAAAUUGGUUCAUACGACGAGGGUAUGGAUAUUUGGGGUGGUGAAAAUCUUGAAAUGUCCUUCAGAAUAUGGCAAUGUGGUGGAAUUUUAGAAAUAAUUCCUUGUUCGCAUGUGGGACAUGUAUUCCGUGAUAAAUCACCGUACACAUUCCCAGGUGGUGUUGCGAAAAUCGUUUUGCAUAAUGCCGCCCGAGUGGCUGAAGUAUGGUUGGACGAAUGGAGAGAUUUUUACUAUGCAAUGAGCACAGGCGCUAGAAAAGCUUCAGCUGGUGAUGUAAGCGAAAGAAAAGCCCUACGUGAACGACUGAAGUGUAAGAGCUUUAAAUGGUAUUUGGAACACGUUUAUCCAGAAAGUUUAAUGCCACUGGAUUACUACUAUUUAGGAGAGAUUCGCAAUGCUGAAACUGAAACCUGUCUUGAUACGAUGGGUCGUAAGUACAAUGAAAAUAUCGGUAUAAGUUACUGCCAUGGAUUGGGUGGAAAUCAAGUGUUUGCCUACACAAAACGUCAACAAUUGAUGUCCGAUGAUCUUUGCCUAGAUGCAUCUAGUGCCACUGGACCAGUGAAAAUGAUCCGAUGCCACAAUAUGGGAGGCAAUCAAGAAUGGGUCUACGAUGAAGAUGACAAGUCAAUUCGACACUCGAAUACAGGUAAUUGCUUGCAGCGAGCACCUCGUAGUGAUGCCAGCACACCACUAUUACGACCUUGUGAUUACUCAAAAGGCCAACAAUGGCUGAUGGAAUCCAAAUUUAAAUGGCAAGCCCAUUAAAAAAAAACACACAAAAAACAAGAACUAGGAUGAGUUUAGAAUUUUUAAAUUAACUUUUUUUUGUUUAAUUUGUUUUUGUUUAUUUUAUUAUUUUUUUCUUUAUUUAGUAAAUAUAAAUACUAAUUUAAUAUGUUUUUUUACUAAAAAAAAAAAAAACAAACUCAUCAUCAGUCGAAUCAGAAUUGUAAUUAAGUCUUCCUAAAACAUAAAAAAAAAACAUUUCCAUUUAUGUAUGUAUUAAUCGAACUUCGGAUGUUAUAACAAAAUUAGUUUUAAAAAAGCUGUAAAAAAAACGAUUUUUGUUUUAAUCUUAUAUUUACUUGUGUCAUAACUCAAUUCGCAUUUUAUUUCGAUUUUAUUAAACAAAAAAAAAACGUAAUCCAAGUAAUUUUGUUACUCUUAAAAGAACUUUAAAGAAAAGUUUUUCUCUUUUUUUUUUAAUUUUAUAUAAAAUAUAUGGUUGUAUUGUACAGUAACAAUAGCGUGAAUUCCACUUUUGAAAGAGGAAAAUGAGAAAGUAUGUGUAUGUGUAAUCGACAAAAAUUAAAUGAAACAAGAUUUUGAAAAACAUAAACAAAAUGAACUAACGAUUCUCCGAAAAGUAAUAUGGUAAGCUCCUAAAUGACCAGCAAGAUGAGAUUCCUUUAGGUAUAAUAAAUCAAUUCAAACUUGAUCUUAAGAGCAAUUCAAUUAAAGUUCGUUUCUUAAAUUAAUCCGCUUUGGUUUUAUGUGAAAGAUUAAUUUGUCAAUUUUUGUCAUUUAAUAAAAUUAAUUUUUCAAGUAUGUAAUAAAAUUCAUUAGAACUUUUGAAGUCUCAUAGGUCUCCUAUUUGAAUUUAAGAAAAACUCAGUAACCCUCUGGAUUUAAUAAUGCUGUUCUUAAUCGAAUCGAAAAGUUUAAAUGCAUUAACCAUAUCCAGUCACAUAGUUAAAAUCAACCCAAUAAAAAAUAAGAUUGAAUCAGUUUUGAAAUUUCAUAUUUGAUAAUGCCUUGCAGAAGAAUUAAAUUGUUUUUCAUUGUCAUCUUGCUGGUAAAUAAAAUUCAUAACCAAUAUUACUUUUCAUAUCAUGCUGAGAAUCUAAAUUUAACAAUAAUUAAAAAAAAAACAUAAAUAUUAUUAAAUCGCAUAUCAUUAUAAUAUAUAAUAUUUUUUAAAUGUACAAUUUAAAUUAAAUUUGGUGCAAUCUACAAGUAAAAUAAAAACAAUAAAAAGCGAAUAGUGUAAAUAUAUUAUAUUAUAUAGAUGUUAUAAGUAAAGUAGAUUUUAAAUCAAAUCAAGUGAAUGUGUGAGCAUUUUAAUUUUUUUUUUUUUAUACAUAAGCAUAGUUUUAUUAGAUCUUUAAAAAUCAUAUACGCUUUAAAAAUCAAGCAAAUAAUUUGUUUAGACUGUCAUUUUUUAUCCCUGUCAUGAAAAAAAAAACAAUAGAUCAGCCAAAAUUGUACAUAUAUAAUUCUCUACAAACAUCACUCAAGUUUGGACUCCGUUGCUCGUCAAAUAUUCUAAUAUUCUAAAUUGCAUCUCCUUGCAUUCAGUCCCACUACACGACGGACACAUUAAGAAAAGAGCAGCAGUAGGAAGCAGUUUUGUUUUCUUUCACUGUUCGCUUCUUAAGUUGUUGUAAGCGACCUGUGCAACAGCGCCUGUUUUAACUAUAGACUGAAUAAGAUAAUUUCCCAAAUGAUCUCAUUUCAAAAGUCAAAUCGUAUAGGAAAUUGGCAUUCGAAAUUUGAUAAUUUUCGAAAUUACCGUUUAUUAAAACAGACUAUCACUACCCAAUUGACGUUAGGAAUAUGUGAAUUUAAAUUGGCAUUAGACAUUAUCACUAUAUGAGGCACAUUUAGAUAAGAAAUAUGGCUAUCAUUGACUUAUGAAAAGAAAGAGAAAAAUCUGAUUAAGUGUAGUAGGCAUUCUGAUGCCCAAAGUUAUACCAUAACACUCACCGUGUUAAGUCCUUCUUAAAGAUGAAGAUAAACAUAGACUGAUAGUCUAGAUAGUCUUCUAUCUGAUUAAGAAUAAGGCUUUCAGUCCAGCUUCGCAUACAUAUGAACUAGCUUUACCAUACUUCCACCAAAACUUAUAUGACUAUAGUUUUACGCCAAGCGUCCGAAAGCAUACAGAAGUCUUCUAAAAGUGUUUCAUUGGGCACGUUCAGAAAGCGUUAGGGACCUAAUAUUUGGUCAACGUCAUUUUCUGAACGGACGAGUAAAUCGAGUUAGGUAGAUUUUUCUUGUCUAACUUUCCAAUAAAAUUUCCUAAAUUGGAAAGAUUGUAUUUGAUAGCUAACCAAUCAGAAAGCCGAAAUUUACCUAAAUAUUUAGUUUCUAUACCUGCCCAUUAGGGUGUCCGUUAUUUCCCAAAGUUAUGUUUUCGGGGGAGACACCCCCCAGAUCGAAAGCUUAGGACCUAAAUAAGGAGAAUUUAGGAAAAAAAAUUUUUAGAGGUCAUUAACCCGUGGAGAUCCCAAACGGACCAAGCUUAUUUAAGAGGAUAGUUAAAAAUAAAAAAAAUUAAUAAACUAAGAACCACAAAUAAAUAGAGAUGAAUUAAAUAGCUAAAACACAAGCCAUACGACUUGGUGGUAGCACCUUAAAGUAGUUGUUCUGUUCAAAUGUAACAAUAGCUUUUUGGUUGUUUUCGAAAGACAAUUAAAUAAUCAUCUGAUUUGUGAAUUGUGGAUCGGAUUGCUCAACGAAAGCCAAAGUUGAAAUAUUUUAUAUUCAAUAUUAUUUCCUGUUGCACGAAAAUGACUGUUAUAUUAUAUAUUUGAACUUCAGGCUUAAUUUCUUGUUGCAAUCGCAAAUUAAUUUUGAUUUUAUUUUAUUUACCAACUGAAAUAUAAAAUUUAAGAACUCAAUGAAAUGUUUCAUUGGAUUUCUGAAUGAGUGUACUCCGAGUGAAAUUUUUGAAUUAUGAAAGAAAAAUAAAUAUUUCAAAGCUACAUUCAAAGCGAAAUUGUAGAGCGGCUGUUCUUCAAUUGCAGUACCUAAAUUUUUUUUGUGAUAAGAAAAAUCAAUCAACAAUGUGAAGCAGUAUUUCAGUCAAAUAAAGGUUGCAGACCGAUAAUGCAUCCUUGUGGAUGAAUACUUGCAGUUUUCAUAAAAUGCUAAGGGUAAACAAUAGUUUAAGUAUAAAUUGGAUCUACUCUUCUAUUUUAAUGAAUGAUUCAAAUUUCUCUUUUUCAAAAAUGCACUGGAAAUGAAACCACCGAGGCACUUUUUCAGCACGAGGUACAGGGGUGAGAUUCUGUUUGUUUGCUGUUUGCUUCAUAUAACUUGAAAAAUGAAAACAUUUGUUCUGAAUUCCUCGCAAAUUUUCUUUCGUUUUUCAAAAACCAAUGAUCGUUGUCGUUUCGAUUUUAUAGAAUCUGGCCCCAUCUGCUUCACUCAGAGAGACGGUUCCAAUGAUAAAUGCAAAGUCUUAUUUAAUUGAACUCUUUUACUGAUUAAUUAUUCCUAUCGUGACCUUUCUUGAAUCAAUAAAUCCAAGCCCACUUAAAAUUGAUUUUAUUUUUUAUUGAUGAUUUUUACAUUCCAAGGAUUGGUUGUUUGUUUUAAGCUCGGUUUGUUAUUUAUCACUGAUCUUUCUUAGUAGGAAACGACACGGUGUUAGUUCUAAGAGAAGUAAAUCCCUAAAAAAAUAAAUCAAAUUCAACUUUUUCGAUCAACUCAACUUGUAAGAUCAAAAAUAAAUUGAUUUUUUUACCAAUGGAAAAGGAACACAAAUAAGUUUCCACCCUUAAAUAAUGAAACAUUUAAUGGACUUCGAAUACUGAGGUUCUAAUGAGUAGUGGAGUCUGGAGUGUAUUCCUUAUGGAACUCUUUUUAUAUUAAAUUUGUAAAGAAGUUCAACAAUGCGCAACAUCCAAGUUGUACUUUCUUAACUUUUUAAUAAAUACUCCAAUUCAAAUUCAUACAAAAACCUCGAUAGAAAGCGGAAAGUAUCUUAAAUCAGUUUUAGACUUCAUUCAAUAAGAAUCAAUGAGAAAUUUUCAUCUUACGUCCAAAAUUAAAAAUUCUUCAAAAAAUAAGAAAUUAUGUCAACAGAAUAUAAUUUUUCUAUACGUUUUUUUUUUUUUAAUUAUACAUUUACAAUUGUUAAAAACCUGAAAAGGCUAAGUUCACUCAAUAUGUUUUAACUCGUACAAAUCUUUAAAAAUAUAUACUUAAGAUGGAAUUUUUGAACAACAAAAAAGUACCUACUGUUACCAAUCAGCUAUUGAAAACACUUAUUGCUUCCUAAAAAUGUCUUGUUUUGAUCUGGAAAAUAUUGAAAAUGUUUUAAUAUACUUUACUUUUCUGUCGAGAGAUAUUUAUGGCUAUCGAUCGUUGACCAAUUUCCAUAAUAUUAACAAAACAAAAAUAAUGACCGCAUCCGUUCGGAAUUCAUGAUAGGGUGUAACUGUGAAAAAAAAUCGGAAAUAUCCAUUUAUCAUCAUUAGUUUAUAAGAACUACAAACAAAACAAAAAAUUACUGAACAAAUAACAUCAAUAAAAUCACACACAAAAUUUAUCUAGAUAAUUAUGUAAAUAUGAUUUAGUGAAGAAACGGACACCGAUUCUAAUUUAUAGAUUUGGUGUCUAGCACAAAAAUUAUGUAAGAAAUUCAAAAUGAUGACAAAAAUAUUUUAUAAUUUAAAUAAAAAAUACAUCGUUACACACUACUGUAUAUAUACAUAAUAUUAGUGUGUUUUGUGUAAAAAAAAAAGAAUCUUAAACAUUUUAUAGGGUCCUACAAGAUUUUUUUUUUAUAAUAAAUAAGAAAAUGUUUAAAAUUAAUAAAAAAAAAACUAAAUCUGUGUGUAUCUUCUUUUUUCUCAUAUUGACUACAACGUGUGAAUGCGAUAAUUCUAAAUUUAAUUUUUUAUUUUUAUUUCAAAUUUUAACAAAAAAGCAAACAGAAAGAAAUCUAUUAAACUUAAUGUUAAAACACAACAAAAACUAACUGGAAACAAGAAUAACAAAAAAAAAAUGUAAAACCUCAGAUAUCCUUUGUAUACUUUUUUACAGGCUUUUUGCAUUUAAAGUGAAUACAGUAGAGUAUUAAGUACAUGUUUAAUAGUAACAAAUAUAAAACAUAUUAUAAAUAAAUAAAAAAAGAAAAUUAGAUAAAUAAAUAUUAUUCGUAGGUAAUUUGUAAAACAAACAUAAGUAUCUAGAGGUGAUGGUGCAAUUUAUUUUCUUAAUUUCAACAUUCUGUCCUAAAGUUUUUUUUUGUUUUAAUAUAGAAUACAUUUUAAGUUGCUCGAGUAAAAUAUAUACCUUAACAAAUUAAUUAUGUAAUUCAAAAAUUAUUUAAAUUUUUUGAUGAAAUUAAACUAUUUUUUACGAAAUUUUACAUUUACAAUCCAACUCAAGUUCUUUAUUCUUUUUAGUUAGAUAAAUAAAUAAAAUAACAGCAAUAAUAGAAUUAUUAUUUUCAUAUAUAAAAAAAAAAUAUUUAUUACUUUUAAGUAUAACAAUUCAUCAACAUUCAUUUAAAGUUGGAAGUCGAUUUAAG